AUGUCAUACGAAGAAAAGUUUGACGCCUCGUUGGAUUUACUCAGGCGUUUAGAUCCCCAAAGAACGUCGACAAAUCUCAAUGACAUUUGUACAUUGAUUCAAAACGAUUCAACUGUAGACGAGGAUUUAACCCAGGAUCUAUUGUCAUCAGUAGACACCCCGUUAACAAUUACAAAAUGUGAUACCACAGGAAAGCAAUACUUAUGCUGUGACUAUAACCGAGAUGGCGAUUCUUAUAGAUCUCCAUGGUCCAAUGAAUACUUCCCCAAAAUAAGUGAGGAGGAUGCUAUGUCUGCUCCAUUUCCGUCCGAUUGGUUAAGACAAUUAGAAGUUAAAGCGAACGAAUCCUUCGAAAUAUAUCGCGAUUUGUAUUACGAGGGCUCAGGUGUCUCUUCUGUCUAUAUGUGGGACACUUCUGAUGAACCAAUUGAUACUUUAGAGAGUGGAUUCGCUGGGGUAGUCUUGUUCAAGAAAGCCACUGACGAUGGCUCAGGAACUUGGGACUCAAUUCACGUAUUUGAGGUCAUUCCUGAAUCUUCAAGCACUGCUUUAUAUAAGUUAACUACAUCCGUCAUACUUGACUUGCAAGAUAAAGGGACGUCUUCUCUCUCUUUAUCUGGAAGCUUAACAAGGCAAUUAGAGUCCUCUAAUUCCUUGAGUUUAGAAAGCGGUGCUAAUUUGGAGACCGUUCACCUUAUCAACAUUGGUACUAUUAUAGAGAAGUCAGAAUAUAACAUUAGGAAUUUGCUUCAAGAGGUCUAUUUUGAUAAAUUGAAAGACAUUAUGUUGAAAGACUUGCGUUCAAUUGGCGAUAGUCGUGAGAAAAAAGCGGAAGAUCUGAAACAUUCUGAACUUAUCAAGGGCAUUCAAGGCAUUUAA